AAAUUAUAAAUCUGAAAAAUAAUCAUAAACAAGCGAGCGUACUAUUAUUGGAUCAUAAAGAAUGUCGUGUUCAUCGUCGUCAUCGGCAUCGGAGGAUGAAGAGGGAUUCGAUUCAUAUCGGAAAGGAGGAUAUCAUGCGGUGAGAAUAGGCGAUUCAUUCUCCGCUGGACGAUAUAUCGCUCAACGAAAACUCGGCUGGGGAGAAUUCUCCACCGUUUGGCUCGCUUAUGAUACCACUUCAUCCGGAUAUGUUGCCUUGAAGAUCCAGAAAAGUGCACCACAAUUCGCUCAAGCAGCUCUUCAUGAAAUUGAAGUCCUUUCUGCAAUUGCCAAUGGUGAUCCAUCUAGUAGUAAGUAUGUUGUACGGCUUAUUGACCAUUUUAAGCACACAGGCCCUAAUGGACAGCACCUAUGCAUGGUACUUGAAUUUCUUGGUGAUAGCUUAUUACGGCUGAUCAAGCAUAAUCGCUAUAAGGGCCUUGAACUGAACAAAGUUAGGGAAAUUUGCAAAUGUGUUUUGACUGGUUUAGAUUAUUUGCAUAGGGGACUUGGAAUUAUUCAUACAGACUUGAAACUUGAAAAUAUUCUUUUACUUUCCACAAUUAAUGCCACAAAAGAUCCCAUUAGAUCGAGAACGGCUCCCAUACUUGAAAGGCCUGAGGGAAACCCUAAUGGAGGAGUAACAAUGAAUAUUAUUGAGAAAAAGCUAAAGCAAAGGGCAAGGAGAGCAGCAGCUAGGAUAUCCGGAAGACGAAGUUCAAUGGGUGGCGUUGGGACUCCAAAAUCAAUAAGAUCUCUUGAUGGGAUUGACUUGAAGUGCAAGGUUGUGGAUUUUGGAAAUGCAUGCUGGGCUGAUAAGCAAUUUGCACAAGAAAUUCAAACAAGGCAGUACAGAUCCCCUGAAGUUAUACUUCAAUCUGGAUAUUCGUUCUCUGCUGACAUAUGGUCUUUUGCUUGUAUUGCGUUUGAGCUUGCUACUGGUGAGAUGAUGUUCACUCCCAAAGGUGGAGAAGGUUUCAGCGAAGAUGAGGAUCAUCUAGCUAUGAUGAUGGAGUUUCUAGGCAAGAUCCCACGGAAGAUAGCCAUUGGUGGGGCUAGAUCCAAAGAUUACUUUGACAGGCACGGAGAUUUGAAGAGGAUUCGCAGGCUGAAAUAUGGUUCUCUAGAUAAAUUACUAGUUGACAAGUAUAGAUUUUCCGAAACGGAUGCUCAUGAAUUUGCUGAAUUUCUUGGUCCUCUUUUUGAUUUUGAGCCAGAGAAACGACCAACUGCUGAGCAGUGCUUGCAGCACCCGUGGCUCAAUUUUAAAAAUCUCAAGCGAACAGAGGUGAAGAGUGAAUCAGGUGUGGAAAAGGUUAAUGUUGGUAUGAGUAAGCUACAAAUUAAGGUGGGUAAGUGAUGAUGGGAUGGAUAGUCUUCUCACUGCUGUGCAGCCUUAUGUCCCACUCUCCACCUGUAUCAGUAUCGCUUGUGAUUUAAUUUUUCGAUUGUUUUAGUUUCUUAAUAAGAUUUGAUUCAUUCAUUAGCUGUGUAUUAGUAGUUUUGGAUGAUCAUAACGGGAAAAUGACUUCCAAAGGAGAAAUUGACCUCGCUCCUGAAAUAUUCCUAACUGAAGAGUCUUCAUGUGGUUCUAAACAUUGACAGUCACUGAAAAAAUGAUUUCUUUUGCUCGUGUUCUUUUGAGGGCCCUGAGAAACAAAGCAAGCUCCAUAAUGACUACUAUAUGACAUCAUUUGAACUCAGGAUAUCCACCCAGGCAAGAGACUUUAGCUGCCUGGGAAAGUUGAUUUUUAAGUCACUCUGAAGAAGUAUGAGGAGCCAUACGAUGAGGAGAAAAAAGGGGUUCACUUUUUUAUAUUCUACACUGGAAGGGAACUGCUGAGACCCUUGAUCUUUUAUUUGCCUCGACUUUCUAAUGGACGCUAGUGAUGCAAAAGCUGGCAAAGGAUUUCUAACUCAUGUUGAAGUCUCCUAUGACAAAGGACAUACAAUUUUUGCAUACAGGAUUUUGAAAUUUUGUAAGUUGUCUGCACUCUUUUGAUCUAAUGCUCGUAUUGGUUCUUACUAGCAAUCUAACUUUAUUAUAUGUAUUCAACAUCUCUUGUAAAUGUUUUGAGGUUUUGACCGAAAGAGAAUGAUAUCAAACAAAUAUUUUCAGUC